UCUCUAUCUUCCUUCGUCUCUGCUGGUGUGCCGCCCGCGUCGAUUCACGCACCAACAACUGCCGCACCCUGCCCGGCACCACCACCUGAACCUGAGACAUACACAGACAGGCAUGCAUACAUCGACCAUGUCCAGUUACCAUACCCACACCGAUCUGAAUCACCUGUGCCAUGGCUAUCGUCUCCAUCGUCAUCUUCAUCCUCUUCAGGGUCCUCGUCGUCGAAAAUGAUGGCAGCGAUGGGUCCCAGCACCCGGCGCGCCCUGGCGGUGGUCAGGGGGAAGCGCCGCUUGAAGGGCGCAUCCCCGCCCACACCAGCGACGGCCCUCUCAGAAGUGCACACCUCGAUACAAACUGCAGUCAAACAAGGCCAAUCAGGAUCAACCGUCUCAUUGCUGUGUCCGUCGGUCCGUCCGCCUAUGUGUGCGCACCAUAUUCAUCGUCAUAGACUGACAGGCUGAUCCACGCCAUGAAGUCGUCGGUGUAGGACGUGAGCACCAGCACCCGCUCCUGGUAGCCCUCCGGCUCCACACCUUCAUAAUCAUCGUCACCCUCUUCGUCGCCCUCGCUAUCCUCUUCGCUAUCCUCUUGGCUCCCACUGUCGUCCGACUCUUGGUCGGACUCCUCGCCCAUCGCGUCUGGGUGGCGCAUGGGACGGUCGACGAUCGGCGCGGGCUGGGGUCGCCCUUCAUCUUGGUCAAUAUCGAGGCCAAGGACGACCUCCGGGGGUAGCUCUGCCUCGAGGCUCUCACGGAAGGUAUCCACCUCUUCAUCGAUGGCGUCUGCCCGCCCGUGUGUGUAUGGAUGGGGGCGGCUGGGGAAGGGUGGAGGGGGAGCCGGAUGGUCUGAGUCGAGGCCAAGGACAACUUCUGGUGGAAGGGCCGCCUCGAGGCUCUCGCGGAAGGCGUCAGCAUUAUCAUCCUCGACGGGCGUACUGACUACGUCUUGGUGGAGGGGCGUGGCGGGCCUCGGCAGGAUCGCUCGGCCCAUCCGCUGCAUGCCUUGGCCCUCCUCCAAGCCGGGAGCGAGUGCGAUUCGAUCGCGCAGCAACGCUGUACGACACAUGUAGGAACAAUACACACACACAAGUAGUGUGUGGACCCAUUCAGAAGUGUCGCUCGCUUGCUGCCGCUUACCGAUGUCAUUCGACAGAAUGUCCUCGGCCGCCCUGCUGUCGGCGAUCUGUGCGGUGAUGCUCUGAAUCCGAUGGUCAAUGUAGUCCCUCUGCGCCCGCAGGUCGCUGAGCUCCGUCAGCAUCGCCGGCAGCAGCUGCUCGAUGCGACCCAGACGAGUGCGCUUGUCCUCCAACUCGUGCUGCAUCCUCGCGAUGAGCGUGUGGCUGGUACUCAUCUCGAUGUUGCAGUGGCGCACUGGUGCGUCCAGCCCUCCUUCUGAGUCGUCAUCGGAGCUGUGAUCGGCUGCAGGUGGGUUGGGAUCGUCGCCCAUGUGGCUGCUGUCGGCCAGCUGCAAGCUCCUCUCCCCGCCACCGGCACACGCCCUCGACUGGUCCUGGAAAUCCUGAACACACACACACACACAACACAGGUAGGUGAUGAGAUGGGUGUGGCGUAGUCGCUGUGUGGCCACUCCUGCCGCGACUCGCUCACCCACCCAGCCGCGCACCAGUAUGAGCAUUUUGUUGAUGAUGAGUUUGAUGAGGCCGAGGAGGACCUUCCUGGCCUCCACGUUGGGGCUGUCGAAGGGCACCUCGUUCUUGCCCACCCAGCCCUCCCCUUUGUUCUUGAGAGCGUCCACCGCCCAUGCCUCGACCUCCUUGCGGCUGCUCUCCUCGUCCGCUGCAGCAGUCGUGUUGCCCGUCGCCCGCAUGAACAUGUCCAGGCUGUCUCCACUCAGGCAGUGGAUGGCACCGCGGAGGUGGGCAUCGACGAUGCGGUUCCAGUUCUGCUCGGCCCGCUCUCGCGCCUCCCUGAUGCGCACCCCCAUGAAAGACGUAGCGGCCUGGAUGGCCACGUCCAUCUCGCAGUGUUGGUCGGUGAUAUGGUCCGCUGCCUCCUGACAGAUGAUCUUGAUGAGCUCGCUGUCCUCCUGCUCGACCAUGAUGCGGUCCAUCAGCUGCCGGAGGUCCUCAGUGUACUGCCGCCCUUCCUCACUGGCCGCCUGCUCCUUCUGACUCGUCUUGGUCUCCUUGCCCUCACCAUCGCGACCCCUGCCGCCUGCAGACGACGACGCGCCACUGUCGCUGCCGCUUUUGCUGCUAUCGUUGAGUUUGUUGUGGUAGUUGGCAAUGAACCUUUUGACGUGGCCGUGGAGCUGAAUCUGCUGGUUCUGCAUCCGCUCGGUGCGCAGACGGUCGUUGAGUGCCUGAGGGUGGAAGCGGCGCAUGGAGGCCUCCACUCUAAUGCACUGCCGGAUCCGCCGUGCAUCUUCAGCGUCGUCCUCAGAUUCGCUGACGGCAUUACCCUCCAGGGGACGGAACUGGAAGCCGCGGCUGUCAUCGUCGGCACUGUCGCUCUCCGCCGCUUCAUGCGCCUCGUCGUUGUUGUCGUCAUGAGGCAAAAGAGGGUGAUCCACUUGGCGACAGGAGGGACCAUUGUCCGGCAGUGCACCAUCAGUACCAGUGCCGACACUCGACCCACUGCCCCCAGAGCUGCCUGUUGCAACUUGAUGGGCGUCGAGAUCGGGUGGUAGGGGCGGGUGGAUGGCGGGAGAGACGGUAGGGGACACACGAGAGGACCUCGGCCUGUCGUCAGACGGCUCGCCACGACCCUCACGCUGACCCACGCCCCUCUCAGGAUGGCCGCCCGAGGGUGAGCGAGGAGGGUGGAGCUGCGAUGGACGCCCUGUGGCAGGGAUGGCGAUGUCCUCGGUGGACGUCCCCUGCGCCGGCUUGCUCUUGCCCUCACCACCCAUGGGGGCCUUGCCGUUGCCUCGGGUGGACGUGCACCGCGCGAUGAUGCCCACUGCAGCAGCCCUGUCGCUUCGCUGCCCUCGAUGCCAUCGCGACAUGUAGUCGUCUGGGUCGCUGUCAAGCUCCUCACCUCCAGAUGCCUCCAGCCCGCGGUUGGGCUGCUGCUGGUCGCUGCGAGUCGCUGGUCGCACCAUGUCGUUGGCCCUGGCCAAGAUGCCUAGCAGAUUCGACGCGAGCACCUUGUUCUUGAGUGCGGACGAUGCCGCAGGGCUGAUUUCGUCGGCCUGGUUGCCCAUUGCAGCAGCCCUGUCGCUUCGCUGCCCUCGAUGCCAUCUCGACGUGUAGUCGUCUGGGUCGCUGUCGAGCUCCUCACCUCCAGAUGCCUCCAGCCGGUUGGGCUGCUGCUGGUCGCUGGUGCCCUGUGGCUGCGGGGCGGGGAAGGUGUGUGGUGGGGCCCCCACGUCUUGGCGUGGGAGGUGCGGCAGCUCUCCGCUGUCCCUCUCCGCUUCCCUCGAUCGACCGACGUCCUUAUGGCCCUGAUGGUGGUCGACCGACCGCUGCCGCACAUCCGUGUCGAGGUGACGGGCCUCAUGCAUGUGGGGUAUGUCGUCACUGUCGGUGCUCUCUGAAUCGAUACUAGACACGUCGUCCAGCAACGCCAGCCAUCGCUGACCAACCUCCGGGCUAUCAGACUCACGUCGGCCCUCGAUCGCCCUGCCUGGACAACAAACACAGCACACGACACAUCACAACACACUCGCAGUGAGCACAGCUGGCGAUGGAUGCUUCGUACACGUGUAUGUCUGUCGAUCACCUUGCGAAGGAUCGUGAGAUGAAGGCGCGCCGACGGGAGGGCGUCCCACGCCGCCCGGGCUCUCAUCCACGGGCUGUGUCGGCUCCGUCGGGCCGCCACCGUUCACGCCAGCCGCACCAGCAGCCGCAGCAGCAGCACACUGACUGCCGGACGCUGCCCGCAUUUGGUGAGUCAAUUGCGCUUCCAGCCGACCCUUCACCUCGUUGAGGUAGUCGGAGUGCAGCUCGCCGCUGGCCACUUCGAGGGGCUUGGAGGCCUCCUCUUCGCCUGCAUCAUCGUCAGACGACUUGUCGUCGUCCACCAGGCACUCCCAGGCCAUGACAGUGCAGCCCUCCACUGGCUGGCGGGGAGGCCGGGUGAAGGUGCGAUUGAUCCAGCCACCCCGAACAUGCCUGAAAGUAGAAAACACAAGGGGACUGACUGAAAAAGUCAGUCAAAGUGGCUGGGCUGAGGUGGGUCGAACGGUCGCUUACAAGAUGUAGUCUUCAUACUCGCAUUUGGUCAUCAUGUCUUCGCGAGGGCACAUGAUGGUCGUCUUGAUAAAGGUCGAGAAGGACAACUCCACCACCGACCUCUGACCCGUCAUCCCCACCCAACUCCUGCUCUCGUCAUCAUAGCUCAAUCCGUGACGGAGCGGCGGGUCUUCUGGGUCGACAUGUGGCUGGAAGCGGUGGGCUGGGGGGAGGGACAGCUUGAUGGCGAAGGCCGGCUCGUCCUUCAGCAUGCGCAGCUCGCCACCCGGCCGCUCAAACAGCUCCAGUCGCCCCAGCUCGCCACCCAAGUCUACGUGCCGACCAACCAUCAGCCACUGAGCUACCACACGUGGCCUGGACAAAUAUGCCUGACACCACACACACACACACACACACACACACAGACGAGAGAUGCACGGCCCCAUCCUCCCAGCUCCCCCAUCGCCCAUGCGCACCUGUUUGCUCCGGUGCUUCUGCAGGUCUUGCUGUGUGAUCAUCACUGGCAGCUCACAGAAGCCGCUCUGGUGACCGAAUCUCAGUGCGUCCCCCACCUCAUCCCAUCUCUGGUGCUCCACCAGCCAAAGGGACUGCAACAGCAACCGGUCCCCAAGCUGCUGGUCGUCGAAUGACAGAAUGGCAUCCAAUCGAGUGCCGUCUGCAAGUUUUGCAUGACUAAGGGAGUGGGCAAGGCGGCUGCGCAGCACGGCUGCCGGGAAAUCGAUGGCUGAGGCGAAAAGGGCUGCUGAUCUGAGAGUGCCGAGGUCUUUCAGGGUAUGGAAGCGGUGUCGGCUGUCCCUAUGGAUGAAAUCUAUCUCAUGGCCGUCCUUGUGUGGCGGGUCCGUGCUCUUGCUGCUGAUGGUCCCUCCCAUGUUUCCAGAUGGCUCAGUCAGGGGACCAUCCGUGACCCCUACUAUGUACAGGAGCCUUGGCCGCCUCUUUCGCU